AUGCAAUCCGAAGCAACAACUGCCAUCAUGAAUGCGAGAGCUGAGACAGCCGCCGCGAUUCAGGGUGAGUCGUAUGUCGCCAUACAGGCGCUAAGGUCCGAAAACCAGCAGUUGGGUUCACGCGCUUCGGUGAUUCAGGGUGAAGCUGAGACGGUGAUCGGAAACCUCCGAACCGAGAAUCAACAGCUAGGAGAGAUGAACCGUGAGCUCAACCAGAGACUCGAAAAGCAAGCUAAGAUGCUCCUCGAGCAACAAGAGUUAUCUAAGGCUAUGCAUCAACAGCUAAUCGCGCUUCAGUCGCAUGUGCAAGCUGCCGAACCAAAGAACCCGAGCAUCCCCGCAUCAGCUAUCCCAGCGAGCUCUACCCAAAAUGGCGCGGAUCAGGCUGCGUCUGCAUUCAACGCAUUGCAGGCACUCGCUGGUGAGGUUGGGGGAACAAUGCGAAGGAUUGAACAGGCAAUUGAAGCUUCCGGUUCUAGUGGUUUCGUUGCCCCGAGUCCGGUUGAGUUUGGAUUGCCACCGUACCAAUGCAGCCGUAAGAGCAUCUUCACGGGUCGAUUGCAUUCCGCAACACCCGCUCCUCCGCCUCCUCCACCACAUUCCACACCACAGAAGCUCAAGCCCCAAGUCUUCGACAUAGCAGAGGAAGAUGACUUUGAUGAGCAUGGUGAAGAUGAGGAUGAUGAGGACGGCGAAGACUUUGAGGAUGAUCCAAUCGUCCCCGUUGUGGCUCACGAGCCUGAGGAUGACAGAGACUACGAGUCCAGCAUUUAUAAGUACAAAGACCUGAAAGACAUCAAGCUUCCCCAAAUUCCGGGUUCUAGCGUUGAGUUCAGGGCUUACCGCAAUUCAGUGCUAACACAGAUUGCGUCAAUAGAUUGCAGCGGCAAAGCCGUCCUGUUGAAGUGGCUUCAAAAGAGCCUAGAUCCAUCAGGUAGCAUUGCAUUGACACGGUCGCUUCAGCAGGAUUGUGAGGGUUUGCCUAGACUUGAUGGGUGGAUCUCCGCAUGUAUCAGUGAUGCGAAACACCUAAAAGGUGAAUGGGGAUUGCAAGCGCAGUCGUACUUGGAAAGAUGUCAUGCGUCUGGAACGAUGCCAUCGGGUCGUGCACUCUUGUCCAUUCUUAGCAGAAGAUACCGGAUAGAUAAAGUGGGCGGGCCAUUGGUGACGUUACAAUCCUUGUUCGAUCUAGAACCUGACUCAUUUUCCUACCAAUCGCUUGUAGCCUUCAAACAACGCGUCGAGUACGUGUUGAAUGGCUUGCCGGAGCGGCAAUGGCCAGACGCCGAAACAAUGUUUUCCUGGAUCUACUCACGGCUAAAGGGAUGCAGGAUGCUUUCACGCGCCAUUGACCGGGUCAAAGAUGCCAACCCAGGCUCCAAGCGUAGGACAUUUGAGUACAUUUGGAAUGGGCUUGAAGAGGUUCUCGCAGAAGUGCGUGAGGAUCGAAACGAGCAGGCGCUCAAGGAUUCGCUCAAAGAGGAGUCCAAACAGAAGCCGAAACCAGAUGCAAAUGCGAAAGCGGGCAUUUUGACUGAUAUGUUCAGUGAUCACAUCCAGUCAACGAAGCCGUUGCAGUUUGAAACCGGAAAUGGUGUUACGAGCAGUGGCACCUUCCUUACUACGACGAGCGAUGCCUUUGGAUCAGUAGAGUCCUAUGUUCUGCAAAGCUGCCCGGUAGUGCGGUCUUCAGGCCAACUAGUAGAGUUGCAGCGAAAACCUUUUGUUUGGCUUCCUGGUAGCAUGCCGUUCUUCGGUACUGGUGAAGAUUGCAUCCAGAUCACUUGGGAUUCGGAUCGUGUCAUCUAUGCCCAUAAGGUUGACGAUUAUGUUCCGGUAUUUCGUGAGCAGAUCAGGUUUGGUGGUGACGGUUUGCAUAGAGCCUUAGCCGCUGGUGAUUCUGCCCCGGCAGCCCCAGCAGAGGUUCCUGCACCCGCGGUCCCAGCAGAGGACCCUCCUCUCCCAGCUCCCGCAGCACCCCCUCCACCUGAUCCAGGGGAAGGUUCCGGUGCCGACGAUGAGGGUGAUGAGGAUGCACCAACCAAGGCUCAGCGGUUAAUCGCUGAAGCCCAGAGUCUAGAGCAUCGCUUAACGCAUAUGCCAAAGAACCCCUACUGUGAUGUCUGCAGUCGGAGCGGAAUGCUAAAGAAGCGGACGGCGAGGAUGCGCUAUGCAAGGUGUGAUGAUGAGUUAGAUCCGGUUGAAGAGUUUGGCCAACGGAUAGCGGCUGAUUUGAUCAUCGUGCACAAAGACUCUAGAAGCACUGAAACCGUCGUCCUGACUGUGAGGGAUGAGGCCACAGGCGAAGAUGGCCUCACAACUCAGAUCCGUACCAUCGAGGAGUGUACAAGAGCUCUCCACAUUGCGGCAGGUUUUCAGUUGCAUUCGGGUCUUUGGGUCCACACUGUUCGCUAUGCGGCACACACCAUUAACCUUUUCCACCCUGCGGUUGGGAUUGAGGGUGGCCGGUAUGUGAACGCAACUGGAUCCGAGUUUGGUGGCAUGAAACUACAACUUGGUCAACUAGUCUACUACAGACUUGACCCGGCAAACCGUGAGAAGUUUCAGGCACCAGCAGCGCCAGGUGUCUUUGCAGGUUGGCGGUUCGAUAGUGGUCCAUCAUCUUUCAGAGAAGUCUAUUAUGUCUUGGACUAUGGUAAGCUAAAGAACCGUGAACCGGGGUACGAAAAGACGAUCUCCGUCCCUAGAGAAGAGAUCCAUGUUCCCCGCGGUAAUCCCAUCCUCCCGAUGUUCACCGCUGCAGAAGCUGCUUUGUCUAGUUUCACGAAGGCCGAGUAUGAAGCCAUCGAAUUUCUUGAUGUGCCGUUCAGCACGGUAGCGCCGUCAACACCCGUAGCCAAGCGCCACGAGUACAUCACUUUAGAUAGGCUCAUGCGACUAGGCGCAACACCUGGUUGUAAAGCCUGCAGGUUCGAUGGAAGAACAGUACACACGCCAGUAUGUAAGGCGAGAUUCGAUGGUUUGAUUAAAGCCGAGAAGAUUGCCGCGAGCAAGUCAGUCAGAGACGCGGCACCGCCUGAUGUUGAGCGCCCUGAUCCUUCGGCGGAGUCUGCACCUGCAGCCCCCGAGGGUGAUGAGGAUGCUCCAGAGCGCGCGAGCUCCUCUGCUGGCCCACGGGCUCCAGCUGGUGUUGUGGUUCAGUCUUCGGAAAGCAAAGCUCCAACAGGUGAGUUUGGUUUGAGUGCAAGGUUUCUCGCAAACGAGAGAGCGCGUAACAACACCAGAAGGGUCAAGGAACUUCCAAGGGAAAACGUUCUGAUCGAGUAUGGUUGUGAAGACGAGUCUGAGAUAAGAGACGCUUGUGAACGUUGUAAGGUUCAUUGUGUUAGUCUGUCCCAGUCAACGCUGGACUUGACUUCGCAGGAUGACAUGCAACAAGUCGUUUCCCAAGCAAUCCCAGGUGUAGAUGCUGGGUUCACCAUACCAUGCACACAUAUGUCUUCGCAUCAAGCCGUACAUCGCGAAUCCCAAAGUCCCAAGUACACGCGAAAGAUUGCACAAAGGCAAGCAACAUCCAAGCGAAUUUUGGCCCUAAAUGUUGCCGACCAUAUCAUUGAGCAGGGGGGUCGAGUUUCGUUUCAGUGGAGUUCUGAUUCAGGGGUGCUUAGGCAGCCUGAGUGGAUCGAUUUCGCUUCGAAACACGAGCUUUCCAGUGUAGCCUGUGUUAGCGGCAACAAAGCCAUCACUAUCGCUUCAAGCUCCAAGCGUGUACUGGAGCACUUCGCAAAGGUGUCAGGGAUCAAUGCAACCAACAUCAAAGCGUAUGAGUUUGCAGAUCUCGUGAUACAGUCCUUGUUUCCCCAGAGGUACUUCAAAAGUGUCCCCAAUCUUGGUAAAGCUAGCGCGCUUAUCACCAAGAAUCUCUCCCGCCGAGAAUGGCAAGCUGAGCCGAAGGCGCUUGAGGCCAUCGCUCAAGAAGCAGAAGGAUUGCGCCGAAACGGCACAUGGGAUGACACAACAGCCAUGCCAUUGCAUGAGCUGAGAAGUCAGGCCAGGAUUUUGAUCUCAUUAGGCGGAAAGGAGUGGUUCUUUGAGUACAAGGAUGGGGUUCUCAUCUUAAACAUUUACGUCGAUGAUUUGAGCUUGUGCGGAUUAACAAAAUUGCACACGCCAUUUUGGCAAGCGUUGAGGGCUAAAGUCAAGCUUGAUCCCGAGUGUUUUAUAGGUUCUGAGGGUGUUCGGAUCUUAGGUAGACUGCAUUGUCGGUACGACGACCCGUCGUCAACCACAAUGGCCUUUAAGAUGCCUGAGUAUGCUGAGCAGAUCGUCCAAACCUAUUGCGACAUCACCGGGACGACACCCGACAAGCUUCGUCGAGUGACCACGCCUUGCAUCGCUGAAUCAGCAAUGACAGACGAAGAGAUCUCAGCACCUGGCGAGCUCCACGAUUCAGCAUCACGCAUCUUGAUGCGCUGUUUGUGGUUAGCUCGUCUCUGCAGAGCUGACAUUUCGUUUGCGGUAACUCGCCUAGCUUCCAGGGUCACUAGGUGGACUGCCUGGGAGGACCGACAAGUACUUAGACUUGUGUCAUACAUUCAUCACACCAGAGAUGUUUGCAUGAAUGCCAGUUGCUCUUGGGAUGCCGCUCCCGAGCUGCGAGUGUAUACAGAUGCUGAUUUCGCAGCUUGGCGCGUGCACCGCGUAAACGUGGCAAGUAUGGCAGAGAUCUUUGAGCAAGAAGAUUUUUCGGCUACUUACGUGAACAGUAAGGAUCAAUUAGCUAAUGGUUUGACUGAGAUCAUCCCUCCUGCUGAGUGGUCUGACAUGCUCACACAGUUGUGUCUGAGUGAAGGCGUCCCUCACCACGCGACCGUCUCAAGGGUCGUAGUCGAGGAAGCAGAAGGCUUUGCAAGCUCACUGCCUAGGAAGAUCACACAAGAGGACCUUGUGCAGCUUUUGUCAUACUUGCCAGGGGAGAGCGCUGUGCGCCCCUUUGCAAGUGAGGCAAUGUGCUUCACCACCGGUGCGUUCGCGCACGGAGGCGAAAUUCCUCCAUAUACGCAGAAAUUGAACCCACAGAUGCAGUACAAUGUUGGGUUCGUUCCAUUGCAAUUGCCUAUGGCUCAGCCUUGCACAUCUUCUUCUGAGCGAUCGAAUUUGCAGUUCAGCGAGAUGAAAGACCUCGUGUGGUACUUGCAGCAGCAAGUCGCCCUGCUCUGGUACCAGCCGCCUGUCGCAAGAUGGCUGAAUGCUCUCCACCACCAGCAAGUGCAGAGCAAUCAGCUCAGUUUGCCGGGAGCCGAGACGUGGAAACUAGAUGAAACCGCUGAAGCAGCCUAUCGGUCUCAGCAGAUGUCGCCAGAUCAGGCAACAGAACCUGAUCCUCGGAUGUUUCAUUGCCGCGUGCAGCGCGAUGCUGACCAGAAGCAAGUCUCGAAGCUUCUGGAGCUUGUGGCAAAGCUCGUGGAGCGUGAGCCCGAAGCAGCACCAGGCGGGCCUCCGACUAUUGCGCUCUUGCGGCAGUGCAUCCAGUGCACUCUGCCGAGGAGCCAGGAAGAUGUCUCGGACCAAGGGCUGUGCAUGAACUGGAAGACCAGCGUGGUGACCACAGCUGCGAUAUGCACCUUGCUUGCAGCGCUGAUCCGUGCCAGGAAACUCCGUGGGACGAGCCGUGCUCUCAGCAUCUGCCUUGUGAGCGCCCAUCGGCGUUGUGGAAGUGUUCACGCUGUCGAGGCGGGCUUUGAGGGAUUCUUGGUCUGGUCGUCCGCAGGUUGGCAAACGGAUGCCCUCCAUGAAGGGCAGCAGCGUGGUGAUGAUCGGCAGGCUUGGAGCCCAGACCAACAGUGGAAGUCACCCAAGCUAAAGCGCACUUCCUUGGGACUGAGUGCUGCCCUGUCGUUCCCGCGAGAGAAGGCAGCGCUGAUGCAGCAUGCCAGACCGACGGCACUCACAGGCAUCGAGGUCGGCGCUGGGGAAUGCACCCCCUCUGACCUCCAUGUGGCAAACCUGUUGCCGUACCUGGGUGUGCGGGAGUUGGUGACCUUGCGCCUCGUUUCGAGACGCACCAGAAGCCCGGAGGCCUUGACAGCACACCUGGCCGAGAUGGGCAGCAUGGAAAGGCCAGAAGCAGUUGUCGAGUUCGCGGAAACAGUGCGCGUGGCGGCGGGCCGCCCUGGGGGAGCCUUCGGGGCAGCCUUUGCAGCCGAUGCCGAGCAGCGCAAGUUCAACGAGUGCCUCCUGACCUGUUGA